GGGAUGGCGAUUAGCGCGACUGUGGUAGGAGCCCUACUAGGAUUGGGGACCCAGAUGUACUCUAACGCUCUCCGCAAGCUCCCUUACAUGCGCCAUCCGUGGGAGCAUGUAUUGGGAAUGGGUUUGGGAGCGGUGUUUGCUAAUCAGAUGGUCAAGUGGGACGCCAAGGCUCAGGAGGACCUCGACAAGUUACUCAUCAAGGCCAAGCAAGCCAAUGAAAGCCGCUACUUCGGUAACCCAAACUCCCCCCAUGUACGGCGCGGGUGCUGUGGGCGCGGGGGACCAGGUCCAGUUGUACUACAACCCGUAUGGAUACGGACCCUACCAUGCACCCCAAAUCUUUAGCGACGAGAACCCCAAUGCGUGCAGUGUUAUGUGAGGGAAUGGGUAAAUGGGUAUUGGUAAAUAAAACAGAGACGAAGGGGUAGUUAGG